UGUUAAUAUCUUCCUCUUCUCUGGCGGCGUUUCUAGGGUUCUUCUGAUUAGCACGAGAUUUCGCGACAAGUUUCUUCAAUGGAGGAAAAAACUCUCUCAACGACAUGGAGUCUAAUAAAGAAGAAGCUAGAAGAGCAUUGGAUAUUGCUGAUAGGAAACUUUCGGAGAAUGAUUACGAUGGAGCCAAAAAAAUCGCUAUAAAGGCUCAGGCCUUGUAUCCAAGGGUCGACGGUUUGGAACAAGUUUUGAAGAUGAUCGAUGUUUAUCUCUAUGCAUCAAACAAGAUCAACGGAUCAAGAGGAGAACCUGACUGGUAUGGCGUACUAGGUUUGGAUCCUUUAGCUGAUGAUGAAGCUGUGAAGAAACGUUACAAGAAGUUAGCUCUAUUGCUUCAUCCGGACAAGAACAAGUUUAACGGCGCUGAAGGCGCGUUUAAGUUGGUUUUAGAAGCUUGGUAUCUAUUAUCUGAUAAAGCUAAGAGAGCUUCUUAUGAUCGAAAGAGGAGGAGAUCAAACCAAAUUAACCAUAAACCAGAUAAGCGACAUAAGCCAAAUUCUUCUUAUACGUACGAGUCUGAGUUUAAGCCUAGGCCUGAGCCUAAGCCUGAGCAUAAGAAGCCUGAGCCUGAGCGUAAGAAGCCUGAACCUGAGCCUGAGCUUAAGAAGCCUGAUCCUAAACCUGAGCCUAAGACUGAGCCUAAACCUGAGCCUAAGUCUGAGACUGAGACUAAACCUAAGCCUGAUUCUUCAUUAGAAACAACGAAUUGUGGUAACUUUUGGACAGCGUGCAGAAACAACAGAUGCAAGACAUAUUGGGAAUUUAAGAGGGAUUAUCUUAACAAGGUCUUAACUUGUCAAAACUGCAGUCAGUGGUUUGUUGCGACCGAAGUAAUUCCAGUGGCACACAAUGGGAGGCCAGUCAUCAUAAUGAGUCCCUGUAAUCAGCCAAUGCGCAAAAGCACUUUCUCAACUUCAGCAUCUAACAUUGCAAAUGCUGCACCCAUAAGAAUGAAAAGAUGGUUUGACCCUAACCCUAAGCUUGAUUCUUCAUCUAACAAGAAGGAAACCAGUAUCUUUUGGACAGUGUGCAAUAGAUGUAAGACACUUUGUAAACUUAUGAGGUCUAAUUCUCCUAACAAGACUUUGGCUUGUCCAUACUGCAGUGAGAAUUUCCAAGCGACCGAGAUAAUUCCAUACAUAGUCAAUGGAAGGCCAGUCAUCACAUCGAGUCUUCUUCCCUUUAGUAAGUCAUCAAGCAGCAAAAACACAACUUCUUCUUCUACUAGCUCCGCAUCAGCAUCUGCUACCGCAAAGCCAAAGACUGCAUAUCAAAGUGGAGACGCACUGAAAAGGUUUUUUCCCGAGUCACGAGAAAAGAUCGCUGCUGAUUUUGCUUUUUCUGCUGCUGGAGGAAAUGCAAACGUUGCAUAUAGUAUUUACAAGAAGAUGACAACAGGAAAUAAAAACUCUGCUUUAGAAACAGAGACCGAUGGCAACAGGAAGUGCCAAGCAGUCUAGCUAUGAAGCAGAGAGGCUUUUCAGGAAACCGAUGACAACAUUGAAUGCCAACUCUACUCUUGCAGCAGAGAGAGACCUACAUGACAGAUGUGAAAUAAGAAGAAACAGAACCAAACCAAAGAUGCAUCAGCGUUACUCUCCGUACAAGUCUGAUGACUGAUGUAACAUCUGAUCUGGUUGGAUACAUAUACACUAAUGGAAGUCUUUGGAAG